CCGGUCCCGGGCAGCCGCUCAGCCCCCUGCCCCCGCCGCCUGCUGGGCUGGGCCGAGGAUGCAGCGCAGCGCCUCGGUGGCCAGGCUCGCUCCGCUCCAGCGUGCUUGCUAACUUCCCCAGCUCCUUCCCUGCCUGCCGGGACCGCCCCGUGUCCCCGCGCCCUCCGGGUCUGGUCCUCGAAGCGCACUGGGCGCUGCCUCCGGGUCCCUUGUAGCCCUCUCGCGAGCUCGCGCUCCCCUUCUGUGCCCCAUCUUCGUUCUCACCAUGCUGCCCUUCGGCCUCGUGGCCGUCCUGCUGCUGGCCGCAGGGCCUCGGCCGAGCCUGGGCGACGAAGCUAUCCACUGCCCCCCCUGCUCCGAGGAGAAGCUGGCGCGCUGCCGCCCCCCUGUGGGUUGCGAGGAGCUGGUGCGGGAGCCUGGCUGCGGUUGUUGCGCCACUUGUGCCCUGGGCUUGGGGAUGCCCUGCGGGGUGUACACCCCACGCUGUGGCUCUGGCAUGCGCUGCUACCCUCCCCGGGGAGUGGAAAAGCCUCUACGCACGCUGAUGCACGGGCAGGGCGUGUGCACGGAGCUGUCGGAGAUCGAGGCCAUCCAGGAAAGCCUGCAGUCCUCUGACAAAGAUGAGAGCGACCAUCCCAACAACAGCUUCAACCCCUGCAGUGCUCAUGAUCAUAGGUGCCUGCAGAAGCACAUGGCCAAAAUGCGAGAUCGGAGCAAGAUGAAGGUCGUGGGGACACCUCGGGAGGAACCCCGUCCUGUGCCCCAGGGUUCCUGCCAGAGCGAGUUGCACCGGGCCCUGGAGCGGCUGGCUGCCUCUCAGAGCCGUACCCACGAAGACCUCUUCAUCAUUCCCAUUCCCAACUGUGACCGCAAUGGCAACUUCCACCCCAAACAGUGUCACCCCGCCCUGGAUGGACAGCGUGGCAAGUGCUGGUGUGUGGAUCGGAAGACGGGGGUGAAGCUUCCAGGGGGCUUGGAACCCAAGGGGGAGCUGGACUGCCACCAACUGGCUGACAGCUUCCAAGAGUGAGGCCUGCCAGCAGGUGGGGCCCUCAGUGCUCCCUACUAGGCCCCUGUGCUCUGGGGGCUGUAGAGUUGACUUGGCAUGGAGUUUUGGUUUGAGUCCUGGCUCUCUGCCUCUGGCCCUGCCCAAAGUUUCCCUUGAUGUAUGUGUGUGGGAGUGUGUGUGUGUGUGUGUGUGUGUGUGUGUGUGUGUUUAUGGGCACAAGUGUGGCCCAUGGGGUAAGCCUGAGUACCCACUGUGGGCUUAGAUAAGCAAGCCCAAGAGGUCUGAGUGUAGCAACAGGAAGCCCCAGUAUGUUUUCAAAUCAGUCUUGAAUUCGUUCACUCAUUCAUUCAGCCAUCUGAAAACAUGUAUUGACAACAUACUACAUGCCAGCUUUAGUUUUCAGCCCUGGGAGGCCUCAUUCUCAUUUCCUCUGAUUGUGGCAUGCAAGGUAUUCCUGUAAGGUCACCAGAGGCUUGUAGCAGAGAAACCUCAUUCUCGGAGUCAGAGAGAAAGAAAGUUGUGAACAUGGACCAUUCUCCCUCUCCUCCACCUAGUCAGUGUGGGUCCGUGUGGAGUAGAAGAGAGCUUAAGGCUCAUGAGACCUACCCCGCUCUCAAGCUAAGCUUUGUCGGGGUCCCCUAUUCUCAUUCCUUAAAUCCUUGGGGGAGGAAGAGAUUGAGGGAUGGGGCCCAUCUUUGGGGUGGGUAUGGGGUCACCUUGCAGAUGGAGCUCUGCUGUGGGAGAGGAACGGUGUCAGAAGACCUGAAGAAUGGGGGUAGGGAGUCAGGCAAGAAGAAAGGAUGCAGGAUUGGGUUGUGUGUGUCUGAUGGAGAGGAGGACCUAAUGAGGUCCUGUUCUGGCUCCUAAUUGUGGUUGCUGGUCAUGAUGUCACCAGGAUGACCCUAUCUUUCCAGCUGCCCACUGCCUGUGACUCUGCCUCCCUCCCCAUAUUCCCCUCCCCUCACACCUCCUGUCCCACCCACUCUACCCUCCUGGGCAUUUUCUGGCUUGCCUGGAUAGAUUUAGAGACCUGCUUGUUGGCUGUGAUGUCUUUUCAUUCAUUUUUUUUUCUCUCUCUUUUUUUUAAAAAACAAAACAAUAAAACCAAAAAGUGUCCAGAUAA